UUCGAUCACCAAAACAACAAGAACCUACCCGUUUGUUCGACGAGCAGCAGCAAGUAAUCCUGUUUUGGUGCCAGACAACCUGAUCGAAGCACCAAGCAUCCGUUAGAGGAUCCAUGGCCAUGGAGAGGUUCUUCACGGGGCUCGUUUUCUGCGAGGCCCCGCUUGACGGCUACGGCACGUCCGUGCUCACCGCCGGCGUGGUCAAGACGCUGGUGCUCUCUGGAGGCACUGCGACGAAGCCGGCAGCGGUGGCUAGUAGGGCGGACGCCGACAAGGACCAGGGAUCUUCCAACGGCAAGCGGACGGCGCAAAGGAGCGCUGGGUUCGAGAUCGCGUUCGAUGGGCUCAACUGCUUCGACACCGUCGUCAUGCACUGAGCAGCAUCCCUUCGGUUUCUUGAUUUUGAUCUGUAUAGUUAUUUGAUCUGUAUUGACGUGGAAAAGCUUGAUCCGGUCUUUGACCGUGGCCAAAACAAGUCCUACGACUAUUCAACGGACAUGAAAUAUUUCAUUCACGUAUUUCCUAGGAAAGCAACCCACUCUACUAUUUUAGAACUCCAGCCUACCACUGUACGUACUUUUCUUUUCUUCCUGCGGAAAGAAGACCUGAAUUCAGUGGAUAAGAUCGCCACAUCGUUAUCGAUUUGGCAGUAGUACAGACCACA